AGGCACGGCGAAGCCCGUGCCAAAAUUCGUGCCUAAGUUAAAGAAUAUUAAAACCCUUUCAUUCCAUCAGUCUCAUUUUUUCACAAACUCCCUAACCCUUCCCCAUUCUCCUCAAAUGCCGCCGCUAUUCUCCUCAGCCCUUACCCGAGCCCGUCCUCAGCCAUCUCUUUUCCCCUCCUAACAAUUUCUUCUUCAAGAAACACUUCUUUUCAAGGGAGUAUCCAUGUCCGGGGUGGGGUAGCUUCUGUCGUUCGCUAUCUAGAGGGGCGUCAAAAUCUCCUUCGCCGGCGGCUACAUCGCAAUCCUUUUUUCAAAAAGCAAAGUGAGGGUGAGGAUAUGGUUGAGUGUGGAGGCGACGAGCGUGGAGAAGAAGCGGCGGUUCCUCACACAGAAGAGAGCGCAGUGUGCUGUGUCAAACGCCGAGCACCCACGGUUCAUCACCAAGUCCGAUCUAAAGGGGAGGAGGAGGAUGAUGACACGCCCAAUUUCUUUAAGGUCGUCAACCGGUUGUUUUUUAACAAGAGUGAGUUAUUAACUCUCAAAUAGUUUAUUCUAAUCGUUUCAGGUGUGAGCUGUUCAUUCAAAUUUUGACAUUGUACAUCAGUAUAUCACCUUAUUCUUUAAGGUAACUUUCAUCUCUUCUUUAUAAUUUGGUUAAAACCCGGAACUUUUUUUUUGUUCGCCCCCAGUUUUUGUAAUUUCCGGAUCUGCCACUGUCCGUGCCACAUUUCUAAACAAUGGGUAAAUUUAAAAACGUAACAUAAAACAAAAGAAAUUAAACAUGUAUUU